AUGCCUGGUAGUGGACCAUUACGUUUGCGCCGGCCAUACUUGAGGGUGUUUGUCAUGUUAAUUAUCAUGAUUAUUCGCCGACUGCGCCACCCAAAUCUGGAGCCCCGUAGACGACGAUUCUGGGUGCAUCCAUUCCUUCAGGAUCGCUUGUCCAAAGGUUUUCUUUCAGUGGUGUUUCAAGAUUUGAGAAGGGAUGAGGUUAAAUUUAAAAAUUAUUGCCGACUUUCUAUGUCGAUGUUUGAUCAACUUUUUGAAUUUAUCAAAGCUGAUUUGACUAUGACCACUACCUGUAUGCGGAAGCCAAUUUCACCCGAGGAUCGUUUGCUCAUCACCUUGCGAUUUUUAGCCACAGGAGAGAGCUAUGCAUCCCUGCACCUUCAAUUCAGGGUUGGUGUUUCGACCAUCUCCAGAAUUGUAAGGAGUACAUGCAGCGUGAUCUGGCAGAAAUUGCAGCCCACUGAGAUGCCGUGCCCAUCCGAGGAGACUUGGUUACAGGUUGCAGCAGGCUUUCAAACUGUAGCCAAUUUUCCAAACUGCAUAGGGGCAGUUGAUGGCAAACAUAUCAGGGUGCAGCAGCCACCGCACUCAGGCACUCGCUUUUAUAACUAUAAAAAAUAUUUUUCGAUUGUCCUGAUGGCGGUGGCUGAUGCUCACUCUCGAUUUGUUGCCAUUGAUGUUGGCAACUAUGGCAGUAGUGGAGAUUCUCGGGUGCUGCAAGUAUCCGCAAUUGGUAGGCAAAUUCUUCGAGAUUGUGUCACGCUCCCAGCUGCCAGACCUCUUCCGGGUUCCACAGUUGAUGUUCCCUUUGUGAUGGUAUCGGAUGAGGCUUUUCCAUUAUUGCCCAACCUGCUGCGCCCAUAUGCCCAAAGAGAACUUGAUGCUCGCCGGAGGAUUUUUAAUUAUAGGCUGGCACGGGCACGUAGAGUUGUGGAAUGCGCCUUUGGAAUAAUGAGUAGUCAGUGGAGGGUCCUGAAUACUGCAAUCCGUUUGGAUGUGAACACAGUUGAUAUUGUGGUGAAGGCUUGCUGUGUGCUUCACAACUUCAAUCGCAAUAACAUCCACGAUGGAGAUGUGUUGAUGCCACCAUCAAGCCUUCACACACAUAUCAACUGGGGUUCUCAACCUAACCCCAGCGGAACGCAGAUUCGGGAUUUCUUUGCUGACUAUUUUAUUAGUCCACAAGGUGCCGUGCCCUGGCAAUACUCCUGUGCCGGUGGUGAGCAAACCAGGGUGAUGGAAUCCAGGACCAGCUAAUA